UAAAAAGCCCGGAGAGAUGAAGCAUCGGAGGAGAGACCACCUCGUUGCCGCCAACAUGCUGUCGUCCGUUCUAGUUCUCGCUGUCUCAGCUCUAGUGCUUGUUGUUGAGGGUAAGCCCACGUUCAUUUACAUAGAGCUGUGUAUUUCGUUGAAUAAAACACUGAUAUUUCCUCUUGAAUCCACAGCUGACCCGGUGGCUCUGCCGUUAGCUCUGCGUAACCAGCUGAACCCGUUUACACCGCAGGGUCGCAUAGUCGGUGGUAAGGAUGUGAAGAUCGAGGAGGUUCCUUACCAGGUGCUACUCGAGGCUAAAGGUUUUGGUUUCUGCGGUGGAAGUAUCAUCGCCGAGGACUGGAUUCUGACCGCCGGUCACUGCAUCGUCUAUUCCGAUGACUGGGUCAGCGUUCGCGCUGGUACUACGAAGCGUAGCAGUGGUGGAAGUCUUCAUAAGGUCGUCAAGUCGAUCAGGCAUGAGGAGUAUGGAGUCAAUCGUCAUGGGAUACCCAUUAACGACAUCGCUCUGCUCAAGCUGGCCACAAAGCUAGACCUGGACGAAACCCGUCAGCCCAUAAGCCUCUUCGAGAUCGACGAGGCGGUCGAGGCAGGCGAGCUGAGCGUCAUCACAGGCUGGGGUACACUCCGCCAAGGCGGUCGUACCUCCGAGAUCCUCCAAACAGUCUCGGUACCAGUCAUCUCUCGUCAGGUCUGCAACCAGGCUUACGCAGCCUUUGGCGGUAUUCCCGAGGGUCAGAUCUGCGCAGCUCAUCCCGCUGGUGGUAAGGACGCCUGCCAGGGUGACUCCGGUGGUCCACUGGCAGUUUCUGGUCGUCUCGCCGGAGUCGUGUCGUGGGGUAACGGCUGCGCCCAGAAGGGAUACCCAGGAGCCUACACCGAAGUCGCCGCUUUCAGGAAAUGGAUCAGCGAGAAGACUGGACUGUGAAUCGAGUAUACUAUAUAAAUAGUUAAGUUGAUAGUUUCCGCUUCGGCUCGAGUGUAGAGAAGACUUGCUUCCUCCAGCAUAUUUCGAAUUACAGAGAUAACAAUGCAUAUCUCGAGAUUAACUCGCUUAUCGUUUUCAUAACGUCGCUUUUCAAGCACUCGUCCGCACAUUCGCUAUAGCUACAGCGAUAGCUUUAAUUUCUAAGGUUGUACACGCUCGGCUAAUUAUAUAUGCAAGACGACCGCCUUGCACCGAUUGACCAACACGACUACUGUCGUCAGUCGAAACACUGUAUCUGUGCGUGACACGAUUUUCUUCGCCGUAUUAGAUAUACAUAUAAAUAUAUUCUCGAAGCCAAUGAUAUUUCAGCGCUGUGGUAUGUGUCUAGCACACUACAUUAUACAUGUAAUGUAUAUAUUAAUGUGAAAGUUUAUAACGUAAAUAAACCAAGGUUUUUGUCAACGUA